UGUCCCUUGAAGUGAUAGUUCAACGAAACAGAUUAGAAUACGAAUUGAACGACGCGUUUCUGUCACGAGCUAUAGAAGGUAACGAACGCACUGCUCUCUCUGUGAAGCUCAAACAUAGCCAUGUUUGGACAAAUAGGCACUGUAAAAUCACAGAAACCCUAAUCCAUUCACUCAAUCACUGUUUCAUUAGAAUAUAAAAAUUAGAAAGAGUUUUGCAGAGAGAGAAAAUGGGAGGGUGUUUUUCAGAUAUGAAAGGAGGGAAGCAAGCGGUGGGAGGGAUACGUGAAGCAGCUACUGGCGUAGAACCGCAAAACGACGCCGUUGAUUUCUUUUACAAGACUCAAGGGUUUCAGCAGUUGUUCACGCGAGUUGAGUUAUCUCUUUCAGCUUCCAACUUACUUGAUCGGGACAUUACCUCAAAGAGUGAUCCCAUGGUUGUGGUAUUUACAAAGAAAAGAGAUGGUCAAUUGGAAGAAUUAGGUCGCACUGAAGUAAUUAUGAAUUGUUUGAAUCCAGAGUGGAUAGAGAAAAUCAGUGUUGCGUUUCAAUUCGAAAUUGUGCAACCACUUGAAUUUCAUGUGUAUGACAUCGACACUAAAUAUUAUGGCGUUCCCGCUAAGACACUAAAAUUGCGAGAUCAAGAAUUUAUUGGAAUGGCCAGUUGCACUUUAUCAGAGAUUGUGACUAAACAAAGUAGGAGGUUAACAUUAAGGCUCGAAAACAAAAGCGGGAAUGGCGGUUUGAGAAACCUAGGAGCAAUUACGGUUCAUGCAGAGGAGACGGUUGCUUCAAGGAGUGUAGUUGAGAUGGUCCUGCGUUGUUCUCGCUUGGACAACAAGGAUGUUUUUUCCAAAAGUGACCCUUUUCUAAGAAUAUCAAGAGUGGUCGAGAGUGGAGGUCAUAUUCCUAUCUGCAAAACUGAAGUUAUCAACGACAAUUUAAAUCCAAAAUGGAGACCAGUUUGUCUUGGUGGUCACAAGUUUGGAAGUAAAGAAAAUCCAUUAUUGAUAGAGUGUUUUGAUUUCAAUAGCAGCGGCGAUCACGUACUUAUUGGCAAAAUGCAGAAGUCGGUAGCGGACCUUGAAAAAUUAUAUAAAGAGCGUACGGGCGCAAAUUUUGUCAUAUCAUCCAAAAGCCACAUAAAAGAGAAGGUUUUGAAGGGUCAACUGUUUGUGGAUCAGUAUUGUGAAAAGGAGCGGUUCAGUUUUAUCGACUACAUAUCUAAUGGUUUUGAACUGAACUUCAUGGUUGCUGUAGAUUUCACUGCUUCAAAUGGAAAUCCUCAACUUUCAGAUUCCUUGCAUUACAUUGAUCCACAUGGUCGGUUAAAUUCAUACCAAAAGGCUAUAAUGGAGGUUGGAGAAGUUAUUCAGUUUUAUGAUUCUGAUAGGCGAUUUCCCACUUGGGGCUUUGGAGGGAAGAUGCCAGGUGGUACCGUAUCCCACUGUUUUAAUCUAAACGGGAGCUCCGGUGGCUCUGAGGUUGUAGGAGUUGAAGGCAUAAUGGAUGCUUAUGGCAGUGCUUUGCGCAGUGUCACUCUGUCAGGACCCACUUUAUUUGGUCCAGUUAUCAACACGGCAGCCCAAAUAGCUGGGCAGUCCCUCACAUCACACAACAACACUAUGUAUUAUGUAUUGCUUAUCAUCACGGAUGGAGUUGUCACUGAUUUUCAAGAAACAAUAAAUGCUCUCGUUAAAGCAUCUGAUCUUCCCCUAUCUAUUCUCAUAGUUGGAGUUGGAAAUGCUGACUUCACAAGCAUGGAGGCGCUGGAUGCUGAUAAUGGGCGUCGAUUAGAGAGUUCUACUGGUCGUGCAGCUACACGAGAUAUAGUACAGUUUGUCUCUAUGAGGGAAGUACAGAGUGGGCAAGUAUCUGUUGUGCAAGCUCUUUUGGAAGAACUACCUGAACAAUUUUUGUCUUUCAUGCAAAGCAGAGACGUCAAGCCUCAGCCACGCCCUUCUCAUUUUCCUCAAGCAUCCACAUCCACCAUGCAAUAGAUUUUACCAUUACGGCCCACCCACAAGGUGGGCAGAUAUAAGCGGCGCAAACUCUUCUGGAAUGAACAACUUUUGUGUUUUAGUCUUUCUUCACUUGAAUGGAUUUGAAGGUAAAUUUUUUAUUGUUUAUUUGAGUGAAUUUUGGAGGUAAGUGAGAGUAGAUUUGAAAGUAAUUUUUUUUAAUCUGUCACAUCAAUCAAAUUCUACACUAAUUCAUAAAUUUUACUUCCAAAUCCAGUCUCGCUUACCUCCAAAAUCCAUUCAAAUAAACAACAAAAAAUUUAUCUUCAAAUCCUCUCAAAUUCAUUCAAUUACUCUCUCUCAAAUCCAUUCAAACGAAGCAGGGACAUCAAGCCUCAGGCAUAAACUUCCACCAUGCAAUAGAAUUUUUAGGAGGGAGAAGAAGAGUGUAUCUUAUUAUCAAUAGUGAAAUAUAUCCUCCUGGGUUAUCCACUCCUUGUCUUUUGACGACCAAUGAUCUAUUUAGACUAUCCAUCACUUAUUGCAUCAAUUUCAUACUGUAAUGGGAAUCCCCGCCAGAUUCCCUAUCUACCUUCUACAGCGGACGGUUCUGUUUUCAGGUUUACAGACCAAUUUAUAUUGAUGCCUACUACUGAUAGUGCAAACAAUAAUAUAA